CCGUCAAACAUGAUAUACAGUAAAAUAAUGAGAAGAAAAAUUGGUAUACCCUAAACUUAGUAUACAGUUUUAGCUACCAUGUGUAGGGAAUGGUCGAGAACCAGUGUGCCCAUCCUGGUCAAGAACCUCCAUGUCUACUGAUCCUUCUCGGCUGGCGUGUUCGGGAUCCCUGCCUUCUGACUGUAACUUCACUUUGACUAUGACAUUAGCAAGCAACCUCCCUCCUCCGCCCUCCGACACACACACACACCCUCUUACUUCUGCUUUCUGGCUUGUCUUGCUUGCUGACACUUUGAGGAAAAGCCACUUCCCUAGUUACAGACACCACUUAACAGCAGGAAACCUCCACUUGCUCUCCUCUGCCUCCUCUUCCUUGUGACCAUCCCCACUUUCAAGCCUGCCAGUUUGGACUUUUUUCCACCCUCCAUGCUGCCUGGUGCCUGGGAGCCCAGGCCUUCUGUGACUCCAGGACAAGAAGGUACUUCUCCACAUACCUCCCAGAACGCUAAAGGGGUGCAGACAUGGCCGGCAAUGCUGCGGACAGCGCCAACCACCUGACCUACUUUUUUGGCAACAUCACCCGGGAAGAGGCCGAAGACUACCUGGUCCAGGGAGGCAUGACCGAUGGGCUCUACCUGUUACGCCAGAGCCGCAAUUACCUGGGCGGUUUUGCUUUGUCAGUGGCUCACAACAGGAAAGCACACCACUACACCAUCGAGAGGGAACUUAAUGGCACCUACGCCAUCUCCGGGGGCAGGGCCCAUGCCAGCCCGGCAGACCUCUGUCAUUACCAUUCCCAGGAACCUGAUGGCCUUGUUUGCCUACUCAAGAAGCCCUUCAACCGGCCCCCAGGGGUACAGCCCAAGACCGGACCCUUUGAGGACCUGAAGGAGAACCUCAUCAGGGAAUAUGUGAAACAGACCUGGAACCUUCAGGGCCAGGCUCUGGAACAAGCUAUUAUCAGCCAGAAGCCCCAACUGGAGAAACUGAUCGCCACCACGGCCCAUGAGAAGAUGCCCUGGUUCCAUGGCAACAUCUCCAGAGACGAAUCUGAGCAGACGGUCCUCAUAGGGUCAAAGAUCAACGGAAAAUUUCUGAUCAGGGCCAGAGACAACAGCGGCUCCUAUGCGCUGUGCUUGCUGCAUGAAGGGAAGGUGUUGCACUAUCGAAUUGACAGGGACAAGACUGGGAAGCUCUCCAUCCCUGAGGGGAAGAAGUUUGACACCCUCUGGCAGCUAGUGGAACAUUACUCUUACAAGCCAGAUGGGCUAUUAAGAGUCCUCACGGUACCAUGUCAAAAGAUUGGCGCGCAGCUGGGUCACCCAGGAAGUCCAAAUUCCCAUCCUGUGACUUGGUCACCGGGUGGAAUAAUCUCAAGAAUCAAAUCCUACUCCUUCCCUAAGCCCGGCCACAAAAAGCCUGCCCCACCCCAAGGGAGCCGUCCGGAGAGCACCGCGUCCUUCAACCCUUAUGAGCCAGCCGGAGGCCCCUGGGGCCCAGACCGAGGCCUUCAAAGAGAAGCUCUGCCCAUGGACACAGAGGUGUAUGAGAGUCCUUAUGCUGACCCUGAAGAGAUCCGGCCCAAAGAGGUCUACCUGGACAGGAACCUGCUGACCCUGGAGGACAAUGAACUGGGCUCUGGUAACUUCGGGACUGUGAAAAAGGGAUACUACCAAAUGAAAAAAGUUGUAAAAACAGUGGCUGUGAAAAUCCUCAAGAAUGAGGCUAACGACCCGGCUCUGAAGGACGAGCUGCUGGCGGAGGCGAACGUCAUGCAGCAGCUGGACAACCCGUACAUUGUGCGCAUGAUCGGAAUCUGCGAGGCGGAGUCAUGGAUGCUGGUGAUGGAGAUGGCAGAGCUGGGGCCCCUCAACAAGUACCUGCAGCAGAACAGGCACAUCAAGGAUAAGAACAUCAUAGAGCUGGUUCACCAGGUUUCCAUGGGGAUGAAGUACUUGGAAGAGUGCAAUUUUGUGCACAGAGAUCUGGCUGCGAGGAAUGUGCUCCUGGUCACGCAGCACUAUGCCAAGAUCAGCGAUUUCGGUCUCUCAAAAGCCCUUCGUGCUGAUGAAAACUACUACAAGGCCCAGACCCACGGGAAGUGGCCCGUGAAGUGGUACGCCCCUGAAUGUAUCAACUACUACAAGUUCUCCAGUAAGAGUGACGUCUGGAGUUUUGGAGUCCUGAUGUGGGAAGCAUUCUCCUAUGGGCAGAAGCCAUACAGGGGGAUGAAAGGGAGCGAAGUGACCGCCAUGCUGGAGAAAGGAGAGCGGAUGGGAUGCCCUGCCGGAUGCCCGAGAGAAAUGUACGACCUGAUGAACCUGUGCUGGACUUACGAUGUAGAGAACAGGCCAGGAUUCAAAGCCGUGGAACUGCGGCUUCGCAAUUACUACUACGACGUGGUUAACUAAGAGCUUGGGUGCCUGUCUGGGCACACCUUGGAUUCUCAAGCGAUCACAGGAAAUUCAUCUGGAUGAAUGGCUCUCAGAGUUUCAUCUCCCUCUGCCCAGAGUGAGAGCUAACCAAGCAAAGCUGGGACUCACCCUCACAAUUGUUCUGGUCUCAAAAGACAGAUAGGCAGCAAGACCUCAGGGUCUGUGGAUUCAUCUAUCUGGUCUUUGUUGCCAUCCAUGUGGUCUUCGUUAGGGGUCACGUUCGGUAACCAUUUCCAAAUUCUCUUCACGUCAUUCCGUUCCUCUGAGUCCAGGAUUUCAGUGUCCCCUGGAGAUCAGAAAAGAAAAGUGCUAUGCCACUUCAGCAAAGGACAUAAGGAGAAACCUCACCGGUGGUGUUGGCGAGCCAGAAGGCAGUUAAGGAAAAUGACAAGCCUGGACACUGGUUUCGUUCUCAGCCUGAGACAAAAAUACCAUGUGGAUGAGACGCUAAGAUAUGCUAGCUCCACUUACACGCCCCUGGAGUCCACCUCCCUGUAGAAUGACUUGAAGUCUGCUGUUGUGUGCUUGCAGGAGGAGGCGUGAAUAACAUUCUGCAUGGAGGCUGCCGGGGAAGGUGGGCUCCCAUGAUCCUCUGCGACUGAGCGCUGUGUGUCAGGCAUGGGUCAGCCCUCCCUCCCCUCUGCAGACGGACUGCAUCCAGGACUCCUUGUUGCUGCCACAAGCUACCUGAACAGCAGCUUAAAGGAGGAACAGCUUGUGUGGGGCUCACAGUUGGAGGGCAGAGGCCAUCAUGGUGGAAAAGACGACAGGCAGGAAAGGCUCGAAGGCAUGAACAGGAAGCUGGAAGGUCACGUGGCGUCCACACUCAGGAAGCAAAGAAUAAGCAGGAAGUGGGGCCAGGCUCUAAGGUCCCAAAGGCCACCCCCGGUGACCCACGUCUUUCAGCAAGGCCCCAUCUCACAAAGGUUUCACAGGCCUCUCAGACAGUGAAUGCCAACGGCUGGCAACCAAGUGUUCAGAUACACGAGGGUCAGUGCCAGGCCUUCAGUGCCUUCCUGAAUCUCACAGUGUGAUAUCCUGACAGAGCAGGUGAGCCAUCUCAGGUCUAUCCUCCUCUUACGAGCCUCUGAUACCAUCUCAUAGCCCCCGCCCCCCAAGGACCCGGUCCUCAUAUUAAUUCCUUGGGGACCCCCAAGGCCCCAUCUCCAAGCACCUAGGUUCUAAGUCUUCAACACAUGAACCCUGAGGGGGCACAUUCAUACUAGGGCAGAUGGCAGCCUGUUGACCAAGACCACCUCAAGAUGAGUUUCUGAAUGGAAUUUUAAUUCACCAUGAAACCAGAGACGUGACCUUCCCCACAAAUAAGCCUUGUUAAGUGCGACUUUGAGCUGAGGAUCCCCCUCUAUCCUCCUAGCCUUGGCUGACGACUGACCAUACACCAAGUGUCACCCGUUCACGGUACUUUUGCCGAGAACCUAAAAGUUACACCGGCUUCAUAGCCUUCCAUCUAGGUCUAGGGACAUGUACAAAUGGGAGUGUCUCAUCUUUACCUAUUAGACACUGUGACAUACACAGCCAAGGAUGGUACAGAAGGCCCAGCUGGCGUUGGGUUUGAUGAACAGAGGCAGUGAAACAGGUGCCUCUCUUUAGACCAGUGGUUCUCAUCCUUCCUAAUGCCGAGACCCUUCAAUACAGUUCCUCAUGUUUUGGCAACCCCCAACCAUGAAGGUAUUUUGUUGUUACUUCAUAACUGUAAUUUUGCUACUAUUAUGAAUUGUAGUGUAAAUAUCUGAUAUGCAGGAUAUCAGAUAUGUAAAUAUCUGGUAUGCAGGAUAUGUGAUAUGCAUCACCAAGGAGGGUACACCCCUCAGGUUGGGAACCACUGCCUUUGACAUGGAGCCACUACGCUUAGAGCGUGGCUAGGAAGUAUUUAGAAGCUAUCAGUGUGUCUUGGAAUUGUGCUAGUAGGUCAGUCGACCUGUUGAGGGAGGGGGGAAUCCCUGUAUGUUGAAUUCGCUGAGCAGACCUGCAGAACACAGCCUUGGUGAGGAAGUCCCCUGGAUCGGGCCACUUGUAGAUUUAGUCAGGAGAGGAAGAGCCACUGUAUUGGUUAUGGAGACAGGACUGUCUGCUCUGAGCAAGAAGUUCUCUGCUGAGCUCCUAGCCUACCUUUUCCCCGUCCCCAGGGUAGGGCUAUAGAAAGGCCACCUUGCAUGUGUGAGAACCCUGUGGAGGCCUCUCCAGCAGGGCCUCUCCUUCCCAGGGCCUGGGACGGACCACUAUUUGGAUAUGACUGAGCAGAGAGCGUGUGUGAGAACCCUGUGGAGGCUUCCAUCUUUUUCCUGGCCUCUCCUUCCCAGGGGCUUGGGACGGACCACUAUUUGGAUAUGACUGAGCAGAGAGCAUGUGUGAGAAUCCUGUGGAGGUCUCCAUCUUUUUCCUGGCCUCUCCUCCCAGGGCUUGGGAUGGACCACUGAUGGAUAUGACUGAGCAGAGAGCAUGUGUGAGAACCCUGUGGAGGCCUCUCCAGCAGGGCCUCUCCUUCCCAGGGCUUGGGAUGGACCACUGAUGGAUAUGACUGAGCAGAGAGCAUGUGUGAGAACCGUGUGGAGGCCUCUCCAGCAGGGCCUCUCCUUCCCAGGGCCUGGGACGGACCACUAUUUGGAUAUGACUGAGCAGAAUGGAGGCUCCGGCUUCGCCUCCCUUCAGAAAGCUGAAACCAGUUCCUAUGUGUAGAAGUCAUUGUCCAGGGCUCUCAUCUGGUGAAAACUGUGUCUUGCUGUCUCCCCUGGGACCACUCAGGCAGGCAGAUGGAGACUAUGGAUGCACGCCAGAUUUGCAAGGUCAGAAACUAGCCAAGGUCUUUCUUAGGCAUCUGUCCUUAACUAGGUCUCUUCACAAGUUGCCUCCAAUGCUCCGGGCCCCUUCUGCCUGAUGGCUGAGCUCACUGUGUGCCUUUCCCUAUGACCCUUUGGCAGCAGAGUACACGGAGCACCCAAGCUGCCUCGCCACAUCCCACUGACUACUGCAAACACCACAUACCUCAGGCAGAACCGAAUGUCUCUCCAGUAAACACCCAAGCCAGCCAUUCAUAAAAACCUGUCUCUGUGUGCACUGGAACAAGUCGUCCCUGUACCCAGACCUGCUUUGUGUGCCAGACAGUGACUCCUUGGGAUGAUGCCUGUGAUUGCAUUGUUCCCUGCCGAGGGAAGCCCUGGGUUGUCCGUCUCAGGGAGUACUCCCACCCAGAGCCACACACCGCUGUGUGUUUCCCUGUUAUUUGAGAAAUUAUUUUUAAUAAAGAUCUACUAUUAGUCUUGUGA